AUUUACUUAGUCAGUAACUAAUACAUAGAAAUGCCACAAUUCCUCAUUAUUAAAUAUAAUCAGCUAUGUAUGAGGAAGCAUGACAAAGCACUGGUCAAUAUUAUUAUUUAUUUGAUGAUGAUAUAAAAACACCUCUUAAUGGGGAAGCGCCGACUUGUUAUUGGAGAGGAAGUGGCCAAGACCUCUUGGCUGACCUGCUCGUUGUUUAGUACAACGGUUCAACAUCAACGGUUCAAAGCUAAACUAACGAGUCCAUUCAGGCUAAACAGGUAGGCAGAGAGUUCCGAUUGUUGUCAUGGAGAUGAAGGCGAUGGAGGUGGAGGCAGGACUUCUGGACAGAGCUGGGCCGAGUGACCAAAAGCUGGAAACCAAAACUGAAGCGAAAGAAGCCUCAAAGGAGUACUGCAAGCUGAAAGCCCCAGCUGAUGACAUCUACUCCGAGGCUGUGUUCCCCAGCCCGAAGCUGCCAGAAGUGAAACCCACCAAGCCAACUAGGAGCCUGAGGAAUGUGUUGCCGACUUUGUGCAUUGUCCUCGGUGUGAUAUGUCUGGCCGAACUCAUCAUCAUCUUUAUUCUGAAUGGGAAGACAGCUCCUACCCCCGUCUGCCCAGGUCCACGGCCGCAGAGGGGCCCAGUUGCUUUCUGCUCUCCCAGGUCUCCCUGCAUCAAGAACCCCAACACUCCGGCCACCAAAUCCCCUGACAGCCACCGAUGUCCUGACAGCUGGGUGUUCCUCGAGGGCUCCUGCUUCUACCAGUCCAAAGAGAGAAAAAGCUGGGAGGAAGGCAGGAUCUUCUGCCAGAAUCUAACAGGGGACCUGGCUGUGAUCUCUGACAAGAGCAUCCAGAAUUCUCUGGCGCAACAAAGAAAAUUAACGCAAUGGAUUGGCCUACAAUACAAAACGAGUUGGAAAUGGGUGGACCAGACCUCAUACAAUGGUAAUUUGCCUACAGGAAAUAAUGGGUUGUGUGCUGCACUGGAGAGCAAGACACCUGGAGAACAAGCCAACAUUCGACGUGCCAGAUGUCCAGUUUCUGCCCAUUUCCUUUGUCAGAAGGAGGCUAGUGCCUAGGGCUUCUGAUGCUCUUCUAGCUAUAGGCCUGUGUCUCAUCCUCAUUUAUAUGAAGUGCUAUUAACAAGUAUAAUGAAAGUCAUUGAUGCGGCAAACUCUAUCCUUUUAUCUCAAUGCCCAGCACUGUAUGACCAACUGACUAGGCUUCAUGCAGUGAAUAUUAGCCUACUGUGUUUGGGUGAAUAUCCUCAAUUUAUGUUUCUAUGCAGAUAAUCUAAAUGAGGAGUUUGAUUUCCUACCAUACUCUUUCACUCAAGGGCAUUUCAAAGCAUAAAGCUUCUUUAAAACCGUGCUUAUUUUUUAUUAGAAUAAACUUAAUCCACUCCAAAGGAUUAAUGUGAUAUGAUGCUCCAUUAUUCUGAUUUUACACCUUAAGCGUCUGCUGAAUUUAGUAUUAUUCAACUAUUAAUUGUAUGCAACUAGUAGUCAACUUUUUGGCAUAUUUGCUUUCGAUGUAUCCUGUGCCUAUUUUCGAAAU